GAGCUGAGGCGGAGGCCCCUGGCCGCGCGCCCCGCUCGCAGGCGCCGGGUGCUCACGAUGAUGAAGAAGAAGAAGUUCAAGUUCAAGGUGGACUUCGAGCUCGAGGAGCUCUCUUCGGUGCCCUUCGUCAACGGCGUGCUCUUCUGCAAGAUGCGGCUGCUGGACGGUGGCAGCUUCGCGGCCGAGUCCUCCAGGGAGGUGGUACAAGCAAACUGUGUGCACUGGAGAAAGAAGUUCUCGUUUAUGUGCAAGAUGAGUGCAAGUGCGGCCACCGGCGUCCUGGAUCCUUGCAUCUACAGAGUGUCUGUGAGGAAGGAAUUAAAAGGUGGGAAGACUUAUGCAAAGCUGGGCUUUGCAGAUCUAAACCUGGCAGAGUUUGCUGGAUCAGGAAGUACCACUCGUCGCUGUUUACUGGAAGGCUAUGACACCAAAAAUACAAGACAGGACAAUUCUAUCCUUAAAGUUUUGAUUAGUAUGCAGCUGAUGUCUGGUGACCCAUGUUUUAAAACGCCUCCCUCCACAUCCAUGUCUAUCCCAAUUGCUGGGGAAUCUGAAUCUCUGCAAGAAGAUAGAAAAGGUGGAGAGACCCUCAAGGUUCAUCUUGGAAUUGCAGAUCUUUCCACAAAGAGUGCCUCCGUUCCAGAUGAACUUGGUGCCUGUGGGCAUUCUAGAACAUCAAGCUAUGCAAGCCAGCAGUCAAAAGUGUCAGGUUAUAGCACCUGUCACUCCCGGUCAUCUAGUUUCUCUGAGCUCUGCCACAGGAGAAAUACCUCAGUGGGAAGCACCUCAACAGGGGUUGAGAGUAUUCUCGAGCCAUGUGAUGAAAUGGAGCAAAAAAUCACAGAGCCAAAUCUUGAUACGGCUGAUAAAGAAGACACGGCUUCAGAAAAAGUCAACAGAUGCCCAGUGAAACAAGAUUCUGUAGAAUCUCAGCUGAAGCGAGUUGAUGACACCAGAGUGGAUGCAGAUGACAUUGUGGAGAAAAUAUUACAGAGUCAGGACUUCAGUCUGGAUUCCAGUGCAGAAGAGGAAGGACUGAGGUUAUUUGUGGGGCCUGGGGGAAGCACAGCCUUCGGAAGUCAUCACCUUCCAAAUAGGGUGGGGUCUGGAGCCUAUGAACAAGUUGUGAUCAAACGCUAGAAGUCAAGCUGGUGAACCAUAGUUUCCCUGUGGACUUAAGAUGGAACUAAUUGUGUAUAGAGGGAUUUUAUCCAAGUACUUACUAGAAAUUCAACUUAUGAAAAAGAUGAAUCAUCUCUCAAGAGGAAAGCCAGUGCCGGUUUCUUCUCUGGAGGCACCCACUACCCUGCCACCCUCCAGAGGGAAAUGUCCACAUGGUAGUCUCAAGGCAUUUGCCACGCGUGUACCCUGGAAGCCUGUGGCUUCUGUGGUCACUGCAUGUGAUCAUGAAAAGCCUGCUUUUUCUUCAAAAACACCCCAGUAGGGAAGACAGCAUGAUACAUAUUUGAGUAUAAUUUUAGUAUUCAAGUGUAAAAUCUGUGAUAAAGGUGCUCAACAGAUUUGGGCUCUAUGGGAUUGUUUUUUUCCCCACUAAUUUUAUGUCUGAGAGAUAAUAAAUGGAUGUAAUUUAAACCCUAUAAAUUCUGUCACGAUAGUUCCAAUUGCUGUGAAGGAAACCUUCCAUAUUAUACCACCUACAGUAUUGUACUGAGUUUAUUCACUCUUGAAACCAUCAUUCAUAUAGCAUGGGUGCCCAUGCUUUGGGACAAUGUUAGAUCACAAUUUAAACAUGUAAAGUGCUUUCUAAUAAUUCUAAAUGUAUCCGUUGUAAACCAAAUGACAAGUGAGUGUAAGUCUGAGCUGUGUGAAUGGACGCAAUGCUUUUAUAAUGCAGUAAUAUUGUUCCUUGUUCGUAUUAGAUGAGCUGUAGGACCCUACUAGCGAUAUGGAAAAGAUUCAAAGUAGAUUUCAUAUUCAGUAUGUUAGGUUAGCUUAAGGCACCCUCACAGAAGAACUGUUUUAACUCGCCGAACACUAAGGUCUGCCCUAUUUCAGGAAUGGAAAUGUAGAAAAAAGAGGAAUGUUGUGAUGUGACCCAAAAGAGGGAAGCAUUUUCUAUGUAAAUUCAGACCUAUCUGAAACUGCAGAUGAUUCUGCCAUGGGAGUGGGUAGCAGUCGAUGGCUGCUUACCAUGACUGAUGAUGACGGGUUGUUUUCUGUUUUCACUCUCUGUGACUAGAUCCUGUGUUUUCUUCUUUGCUAAUCAGAAGUUAGUUAUUUUGGCAAGAGCAGACUAUAACAUACAUCAAAUAUAGCUUUUAAAAUGAUAAUACCUGGUCUGGGUCCAGUUUAGCAGUACAGCAGAUAAACGUUAAGCUUUUCUGGUCUUAUAUGACAGGUUCCAAGUAGAAAGAUCUAAACUUCCUUGGAAUCCGUCAGUGAAGAAAAAUGUAGAUUCUGUAGAACUAGCAGUACCCCAAUUCUUUACUUUCAAAAUCAUGCCCAAGACAGAUAUGUCAAAAGAGGUGACUCGGGCCUCAGAUAAGGGGGAAAUGGUAUUCGUUUAAUCUCCACAUUCAGAGUUUGGGAAAAUUUUGAAUAGUUAAUGUUAGGAUUUCGUUUAUUUUAAAAAAUAUUUCGUGGGGAUAGUGGGUACACUUAGGGCCCAGACCAAAAACUAUUUGUAUUCCCUAAAGCUAUGGAAAUAAAAGAAUAAAUAAAAUAUUUCAAUGAUGGGAUGUUCCACAUUAAUCCAAUACUAUUUUAACAAGAAUAGAUUCUGGAAUUUUUAAAAAGAUGGCGCUAUUUUAUAUUUUAAAAGUUGAGAGAGAGUGGUUUUCUGAGUUAUUGGUUAUACUUUUUAUUUUUUAAGAUUUACUUUUAAGAAAAAAACAUUGAACAUUUUAGUCUAGCCAAGACAAAUGUUACCUUAAGCAGUAAAGACUUACCGUCUGCACAUGAACUGAUCUAUUCACUGUAUAUUAUGGGAAAAAUCAAAGAAAGGUUUGUAUAGAGAUAUAAAGACAUUAUUUAGAGAUUUAUUAUGACUUUUUUAAAAACAUAUUUUUGUAUUUUCAAAAUAUUAUUUCAGGCUAUAUUUUUUAUUGGCGCUUCUGCAGAUAAUUCUGCAGUUUUGAAAAUGAUGAAACUAGAUUGUGAGUGGGGUUCAGUGAGGACAUUCAUGAGACAUCUCGAAGGUGCUGUCAUCAGGGCCGUGCCCACCUUCCUCACCGUUCACUGCCUUUGGCCCUACACCUUAACCCAAGAUUAAUUCUCAGGAUUUUAAAUGGUACUGGACUUUUUUUUUUCCUAGUAGAGAGAUUUUGAAAAGCGUAAAAAGCAUGCCUUUGUCAUUUUCGCAACCACCAGAUACAUCUUGAUUUAUGUAGUAGUAAUUAUAAGAAAUGGUUUAAUAAAUAGAAACACUGAUUAGGAAUUUUUAAAAAGGACUAAGGCCUCUCUGUCCUUCAUAGUCAGUAAAAGCCUGGAUUCAUUUUAUUCUGUUUUGUGCUCUGCUGGCGUACUCUGCCCUCAAACUUCAGUGCAGUCCUUUCAGAAUAUUUGCUAGGGGUGCCUUACCUGCUGUUUACCCUCUCCUUAGAGCAUGUAUUGUUUAGUAUCUUAGCCACGUAGCUGUUGAAAAAAAUCUGCUAAUUAAAUAUAAGUCUGCUUUUGAUUCUGUUUUGAGUAUAGAAAACUGGACUUGAAAAAGCAGAUUCUUAAUACAAUGAUCUUUAAACAUUAAUGUCCAAUUUGAAAUCAGUCUUAGAGAACUUGCAGAUGUAUGAGACACUUUUUCUAAUUCUAUGCUAAGAGAAAGGCUCAUGGGAUUAUAUAUCUGUGUAUCUGUGAUAAGGAAGAGUCUUAAAUACCUUGUUGGGGAGAAUGCACCGGCCAGUCAGGAGAACCCCCUUCCUGUAACCAGAACUGGUGACUGAGACCAAACAAGAUGAGAAACACAUAAGGGACAGAGAAGGUUCUGGGCCAUUGUUUAAACUUGAAUGGCCGAAGCCCCUUUGUGGUGGUUUUGAAGCUUCUGUAUACAGUCAAUGUAGAUUCAUAAUUAUUGUAUGAAAAAGUCUUGACCAAGAAUCAAUCCUAAAUGCUGCCAUCCUAUUCCAGCAUAACACUCCCAGAAUCCUGUCCAAACUGUACAUUCUUUUGCCUGUGCUUUUUUUGUAUAAAAUGGUGAGCCACAGAGGUUGACCACUUAGUCCACUGGUUGCUAGAAAGAAAAAGAAAAUUUCAAACGACCCUCCAGUCAAAGCAUGUUCAAAUUCAGGCAACAGUGAGUUUUAAUCAGUUAAAACAUCCAGAAGCAAUUUUAGACUCCUGGACUCCAUGCUAAUUAGACCCCUUUGCAAGCUCAAGCUGACAGUAUUAUGAAGUACUUCACUGAGGUGGGGGCAGCAACACUUAGACAGAUCAGGCUCGUGCGGUAGGAUUGGACUGUAUUUUCUUAACAGAUCUUUAAUUUGAGCAGUUCAGAAAGUAUGCACAGUCCUUCUAGGUGGUAUGUCCCAUGAACAGAAUCAAGUACUGUACUUGAAAUUGUACUAUGCCACUACUUACGUGUUGACUUAGGUACUAUGUAUAAUGUUAAUAGCAGAAAUGUCAAAAAAUAGGAAGUCUAAAACAAAGGGUGAAAUAUGCCUAUAUUAAACCUGUUGUAAGACUGCUCUGGAAAUAAAGGCUUUAUCCCCUUAUAUACUGAUUUUCCUAAGAUAAUGUAUACACAGAUUUUCAAUGCUCGUGUGGGUUGUCUAUGUAGUUACUCCCCAUACUACAAAGCUGACAAAAUGUUGCAUUUACACACUAUUCUGCAUUUAAAAUGUUUGUCUUCUUUUUUUUCUUUUUUCUUUUUUUGAGUGGGAGUCUCACUGUUACCCAGGCUGGA